AUGACUCCAGACAUUUGGACACAAUUAAAGAACGAAAUCCAUAACAAGCUUGUGACUUAUGAAUAUGUUGACGCGACAGAUUUCAUUGUUGGCCUAAUGCGGGUUGGAAAAAAUCCAGAAGAGUUGAGCAACGAACUUCAGUCCUUUGGAUCUGACUAUGGUGAGCAAAAAAGAACGUGCAAUAUACCAAAUCUUACUGAGCUGUUUAAUGUAGAUCCAAAUGUAACUCAAUGGUUUUAUGAUCGUAAAAGAGCAUUAGAGAAUCCAGAAAUACAGAAACCUACAGAACCUACCAAGACAAUUGCACAGCCUGAGGUGCCAAAAGAUACAGGGAAUGAAAAGAUCAUAUCCGAAUCUCAACAAGAGACAGAUGUUCAACCUGCUGCGGAGGCCUCAGACAAAGAUGUAGCGGUAGACCAGAAUGCCCCCUCAAAAUCAAUCAAAUUAAACAAAGAUAGUCGUAUUUUCUCAAAGGCUAUCGGAAGCGCACUUAAUCUAACACCCGAGAGAUCUUCAAGAGAACGUUUCACUCAGGAACGUCGUCGUGAACGCUCACGAUCACCUUCGCCUGAUCCUAAGAGAUCACGUACAAUGCUUCGUGAUGAUCGCCAUAAAAACGAAGAAAGCAGGUCAAACGAUGUAUUUUCUAGAUUAGGAGGCUCAUCAUCUACCAAAGAGGCUCGUCUAUCCGUCUUUGAUCGUCUAGGUACAGUCAAUCGUCUAGAUACAGUCAAUGAUGUACCAGCUCCAAAGGAAGAAGAUACUAAAAGUCAGAGGUGCAAAUACUGGCCUACUUGUAAAAAUGGAGAGGAUUGCCCUUUUUUCCAUCCUACCACAGUUUGCCCGGACUUUCCAAACUGCCCAAAUAAGCCCAACGAGUGUAUGUUUAUUCACCCAGAAACACAUAAAAAGCCAGCUACAAUGAUUCAACCACAGUUUCCAGCUAAACUACCAUACCCAUGCAAGUUUUUCCCUUACUGUAAUAAUCCUCAAGCAUAUUAUAUGCAAAGUCACUCAUAUGGACAACGUGUACCAGUCCCUUGCAAGAAUGGCGAUGAUUGUACUAGGCCAAGUUGCCACUUCCUUCAUCCAAAGGAUCCUAACCCUUUUGCUGAGAUUAUUUGUAAAUAUGAUGGAGCUUGUACAAGACCAAACUGCCUUUACAAGCAUACAAAAGAAAAUCCCAAGAACAAGGUCCUUAUUAGCAAACCAGAUACAACCAAUCGUCAAUUCUCUGUACCUGAAGAUCAGAUUGAGGAGCGUAUUAUAGUAGGUGAAAGUGCUGAUAUCAUCAAACCAGAGACACAGCAACAAGAACGAACGAAACUAACACAGCCGAAUGAAACUAAUGGUGAUAUGUCAUCGAGCAUGGAGUUGGAUGCAGAUGCUGUAACUGAUGCGCAAUAA